AUCGCGGAAUUAAAAUCAGUUUUCGGCUUUUACCUGAAGGGGAUCCGUGAUUGUGCUGGAAUUAACGUGCAUUAAAUAGAAAUAUUAAUACUAAAAGGAAAAUUAGAUAAUAUAAAUUAAUAAGAGACAUUAUCAGUGAAAAUUGAUUAAAGUGAAAUUAUUAUUAGACCUUAUUUAUAUAAAUAUAAAAAAUGGACACUUGGAACAAAUUCAUGUGUUUGCGAUGUACAUUCAGCUUUUGGAUAAAACUAUUGAUAAUAUUGUGCAUGUUGUGCUCGUGUCAUUGUAAAAUAUUCCGCAUAGCAUGGAUCUCCCCGGACAAAAGUUCUGGACAAGAAAUAAACAGUUUUACCAGUGUUGCAGCCUUAAAGUUGGCACUAGCCACAGUGAUGACAAAUCCUGUGAUUUUAAAAGGACACGACAUUGAGGUGGAAUAUUUCUCAACGGAUUGCACGCCGCAUAUGUCAAUGCAGGCCGCUAUGAAGGCAAAAGCCAUUAACCCUGACGUAAUUAUUGGACCCCCGUGCCAAGAAGGGAUGAUAAGGGUAGCAGAGUUGUGUGCAUUCUGGAAUUUACCGGUUUUCACGUGGUACAAUCCAGGUAUAGCGCUUGACAGUACCCUGACAUACCCAACAAUGAUCAGAAUGAUCCCUUCCUUAAGCACUUUGGGUAUGUCGUUACUACACUUGCUCCGUCAGAACAAAUGGACCAAUUUCGCGUUGGUCUACGAUGACAGCCGGCCAUGGACAUUGUACGAGGAGGCCGUCCGUGCCGCCGUGACGAACACGGAAGUCCGCAUGCUGAGCUCAUAUACCGUCAAUUCUACAGUCACCGACGCUCAUCUUUUGCAAAUGUAUAAUCACAUAAAGAAGCAGUCGUGGAUUGUUGUUUUCGCCUGUCCCUGGCCAGACAUAAGACGGUACAUGCUGAUUGCCGAGGAGGCUGGAAUGGCGUUUGGAAGUCAUGUUUUUAUACAGCUUGACCAUCAGUUGUAUUCAGAACAGAUGAUAAAUUCAACCGUUCUUUCAAAACAGCGCUGGAUGAGAGGCGAUGCCAAGGAUCAGAUAGCCAAACGGGCUUAUCAAUCACUGAUCCACGUUAUGCUAGAUUCAAUGAAUGACGAUGUUGUACCUACAUAUAAAUUGCCACGAAAUAGGUAUGAAGAAUUUGUUCGCAUGGCUGUUGGAGGAUCGAAAGUACAGCUUCCUGGCUGGAAGCUUCCUCCAGGUGGACAGCCGGAUGUGAAUUCUCUCUAUUUGUACGACGCCAUAUUGAUGUGGUCAGUUUUGGUUGAAAAGCUGUUUUCCGCGGGCAAGAAUCACCAAGAUGGUAAACUUGUUGUCCAAGAGGCCGAACAGUUUUUGGCUGACGGAGCAUCCGGUUUUCUUUCUAUGAAUGACAACUUAGACAGAGUUGGAAAAAUGUUUAUUUUGUACAUGGAAGCUGAUGGGACAUUCAAACCGUCACAAAUCCUGAAAUUUAAUUCAUCAAAUAGAUAUGACAUUAUUAACCUGAAGCCAUUGCAAGAGCAGUUAAGAUACCACGGUGGGCAAACCAAAACUGCUACACUAAUGAACACUAUCAGUCCAGGUGCAGUAGCCAAACCAGCCACUACAACUCAAUCAGCAAUGACAUUGUUACCAUCAACAAAAGCGCCCUUACUGUACAAUAGUACACCAAUAAAGUCCAAAACUACAAUGUUCCCAGCUGUAUCAGCAACCCAAUCUACAAAUUACCUCAUUAACAGGUUAUUAGCCAAAGUUCAGGCGUUAGAAAAAUCUAUAAAAGAGCACGAGCUUCACUCUCACGGACAACAUAUACUUCCGGGCCACAGCCUUUCACCCCAACAACUUAUAGUAGGCUUACCUUCAACACCUCCAACAAAGUCAGGUCAACAUAUCCCCUCUGUACACGGUCAAGCCACUCCUGCAAACGUUCCUUCAACCCAGUCAGCAGCGGGCCAUAUACACUGGCAUCCACAUUACCAUUAUCCGCAGCAAGGUCACGAACAUCCGGCUACUUUACCUGGAUCACAAGUGCAUGGAGCGACAACUAAUAAACCACCGCCGCCGCGACCGCCAUCCGUUCAGACGUUUCCAGCUCCGUUACCAACAACCACAUUAGCACCCACUACUGCAGCUAAAACCACAACUGCUUCGUAUGUCACUGGUGAUAUACUGAAUGGAAAUAUGGACGAAGCAAUGAUACAUAGAAUUAGUUCUAGAAUUGUUGACCACUUAACCGGAACAACUACAAAUACGACAUAUACAAACAAUCAGGAGACAAGGAUUGUAAAUGCAUUGCUUACCCAUCUGGAUGAACUUCCGCCGGCACUGCUACUUGCGAUCGAAUCUGCAAGAGAAAGAAGGUUACUACAACAACAAAAUCAGAGACAUUAUAAUAAUCAGAAUUAUCAACAGCCGACUCAACAUUUCCAAAAUAGUCAAACUCAAGCGCUGCCUCAACAAGCUCGAGUACAACAAUGGCGUCCUCCAGUAUAUCGGGACCCACUUGCUUCAAUUUUUGAUCCUAUCAUAUGGAACAAUCCUCUUAUGUGGUGAUAUACCAGGACAUUAACGAAACAUAAUGAACUUGAAUGAACGCGGAAGACAUUGGCAUAUCAAGAGAAAUGCAGCGCACAUGAAGAAAUGUGAAAUCAGUGUACUAAUUAAUAGUUGUUUUUGGUGUAAUUUUUGUCUGUUUUAUGCAUUGCUUUACUGACUUCCGACACAUAAAAUUUCGAUUAGGAUGGUAAUAUGUUCAAAGCGUAUAUCCCUUUUGCUUAAAGGCACACACAUCUCGAGCGGUACAGAAUUGCAAAUAGCAGUUUAAUCAAUAGAUUCAGUGUAUUACCAUUGUGGUUCGAUGCUUUUCACCUACAAAAUAAUCAAAAUGUGAGCCGCACCAUGAGAAAACCAACAGUGCAUUUGCGACCAGCAUGGAUCCUGACCAGACUGCACCAUACUGUUCGCUAACGGUUUCUCUAAUUUGAAAACGAACAGCAUGGUUCUGGAUGCGCAGGCUGGUCUGGACCCAUGCUGGUCGCAAAUGCACUAUGUUGGUUUUCUCAUGGUGCGGCUCAUAUAAAUUUUAGCACUCCUUUUAGAGUGAAAAAUUGUUUGAACCUGUUUUACUUUUCAAUAUAGAUCAGUAAAUUGUAUCUGUUUAAAACUGUAAUAGAAAAUAAAUAAAUAAAUUUAUUUAUCGACAAA